AUGAACCACGUAAAGACAAUUAAAAAAAAUUUUCUUUUUCAAAUGGAUUUGUUUUUUUUUUUUAAUAUUUAUAUGUUUAAUACAUUUUCAAGAAGAAUUGUUACAACUUAUAGACGUUCAUUUAUAUCACAAUUUGCUAACAUGUCUUCCUCCUCAUCUUCAAACUCCACCAGACCAAUUGUUAUUUCUGGACCAUCAGGUACCGGUAAAUCCACAUUAUUAAAGAAGUUAUUUGCUGAAUACCCAGGCAGAUUUGGAUUCUCUGUUUCCAACACCACCAGAAAACCAAGACCAGGUGAAGUUGAUGGUAAAGAUUACAACUUCAGCAGUGUUGAAGAAUUCAAACAAUUAAUCGAAGAAGAAAAAUUCAUUGAAUGGGCCCAAUUCUCUGGUAACUAUUACGGUACCACUGUCAAGGCUGUCAAAGAUGUUGCUGAACAAGGUAGAACCUGUUUAUUAGACAUUGAUAUGCAAGGGGUCAAAUCCGUUAAGAAAACUGACUUGAAUGCCAGAUACCUUUUUAUUAGUCCACCAUCUAUUGAAGAAUUGAGAACCAGAUUGACUGGCAGAGGUACUGAAACUGACGAAAGUUUGGAAAAGAGAAUUGCUGCUGCUUCAGCAGAAAUGGAAUAUGCUGAAACUGGUGCUCAUGAUCAAAUCAUUGUCAAUGAUGAUUUGGAAAAAGCUUACGUCGAAUUCAAAAAGUUUAUCCUUGAGCAAGAAUAA